AUGUUCGUGCAUCAUUAUGGCAAUCGUUCCGUCAUGGAUGAUGUACCAAUACCUAUGAGUGCACUGUUUGCACACGAUGCAUUGCUUGUGGCAAGUAAUGCGAUUGACAUUGUUUUAAAAAAGUACGGCCAUGAUUUAUUCUCCAACGUAUUCAGUCAAAAUCAACUGUAUAAUGCUGGUCAGCCAGGAAUACAUUGCAAGCGUGAUCUGCAACAUGCUACUUCACAUUUAAUGCCAUUCGAAUUCGGUGAUAAAAUUAUCGAAGCCAUUAGAGAGGUAAAACUGGACGAAACUGAUGGAACGCUUACUGGUCAAAUACAGUUCACUAAGUCGCUAAGCAGAACAAAUUUCUCAGCGAAAGUAGUCGAAAUCAAUCCAAGCGGAAGAAGUCUAUAUAGCGCUCGAAACAUGUAUGAUUGGAGACAGGGUGUGGGAUUCAUGAUGAAUGUAGAAAGUAAGCCGAGUUUGUUGAGGAAAGAAACUAUCACUCGUCUGCAGCAUCGAUCUAAUAGGCUGCAUAUUGUAACGGUCCUGGUAAAACCGUUCGUGAUGUUAAAGAGGACGAUUCCUGGAGAGCCCGCUCAUGUCGGUAAUGACCGUUUUGAAGGAUACUGUAUUGAUUUGAUAAAACUGUUGGCAAUGAAUAUCAGCGGUUUUGAUUCUUAUGAAAUAUUCAUUGCUGAAGGAAAUAAAUAUGGACAACGUCAGGAUGAUGGUUCCUGGGACGGAAUGAUUGGAUAUUUACUGAACGAGACAGCGGAUGUUGCCGUAGCGCCACUUACCAUCAAUCAAGCUCGCGAACGUGUCGUUGAUUUUUCGAAACCAUUUAUGACCACCGGAAUAAGUAUCAUGAUUAAGAAACCAGAGAAACAGGAAUUCAAUGUUUUCUCGUUCAUGCAACCUUUGGGAACGAAUAUUUGGUUCCUCAUACUGUGCUCAUAUGCUGGCGUAUCACUUACUAUAUUUCUAGUGAGCUCCUUCAGUCCCUAUGAAACACGUACAGAAGCGGAAUCACCGACCCAACUUUCGUUGUACAAUAGUUUAUGGUUCACUUUAUCAUCGUUCAUGCAACAAGGUACCGAUAUAUUGCCCAGGGCACCAUCUGGACGGAUCGCCAGUAGUGCAUGGUGGUUUUUCACGCUUAUCAUUGUUUCCUCAUACACUGCAAACUUAGCGGCAUUCCUGACCCUAGAGAAGAUGACUCCGCCAAUUGAAUCGGUCGAUGAUCUGGCUGCUCAGAAAAGAAUCCUUUAUGGAAUUGUUAAAGGUGGCUCAACAGAGGAAUUUUUCAAGGAAUCAGCAGUACCCAUUUAUAAAAAAAUGUGGAGUUUCAUGUACGAUACGUAUACUCAGCAACUUCGUGCACAGCAACAUCCUAAUAUCUCAGAUACUGUAAUGGCGAACACGUAUGCUGAGGGAAUUGAAAAAGUGCGCCGGAGCAAGGGACAGUAUGCAUUCCUACUGGAAGAAACGGCCAAUGAAUACGAAAACACUCGAAAACCAUGUGAUACUAUGAAAGUUGGUGCUAAUUUGAAUUCUUUGGGAUAUGGAGUUGCAACCAAGAUUGGUAAUCCUCUCAGAGAAAGCAUUAAUUUCGCGAUAUUAUACUUGCAUGAGAAGGGUGAACUGAAACGACUAGAAAAUAAAUGGUGGUAUGACCGAGGUCAAUGUGAUCAAGGAAUGUCGAUGUCUCCGGAAGGGGGUAAUAGUGCCAGUUUAACUCUCAGCAAAGUUGCUGGGAUAUUUUACAUUCUAUGUGGCGGCAUGAUAUUGUCAAUGGCAACUGCCUUUGUCGAAUUUUUGUAUCGUUGCAAGCUGGAACGAUGCGAAACUGCAAGAAAGAAUCAUUUACGACGGAAGACUUUGAGCAGUGGCAACGAUCAUUCACAAAAGCGCUCAAGAUCUGCUGAAUUAUGA